GGCGCAACCUUGGAAGAAAAACUGUCGCUGAGAGUCAUGGUGGGACCGGGGCCCACCGCCGCUGCUGUGGCAGAGCGACAGAGAAAGCUUCAGGAGUACCUUGCAGCCAAAGGAAAACUGAAGAGCCAAAACACCAAGCCUUAUCUAAAAGCCAAGAAUAAUUGCCCAAAUCCACCACCUUCUAAAUCUACUGUUAGACCCAACCAUGUUGUUUUGCCUGUCAAAGCUAAAAAGCCUAUCAGCGUUAAACUCCAGCCCAGACCAGCCAAUAUUAUAGGGUCCCAGAAGCCAAAGUUGGAGCCACCAAAACCUGUAGAUAAAAAGUUGACAUCAGGAUGUGUUUCUUCUAACCCAAACUGCAAGCCUUCUAGUAAGAAUGAUCAGCAGCAUGAAACUGGAUCAUCCACUACCAGAGAACUGCCAAGGAAACCCGUGGUGUCACUUAAUAUACAGGAAUUUAAGACUUCAAAACAGCAAGUAACAGAUAAAGGAAAUGCUCAGUGUACAGAUUCUACAGACAGCACCCACAUUGAAAAUGAGUCUUUGGAUAACUUUCUAAAAGAGAUGAAUAAAGAGAACUUGCCUCAAACCUUAUCAGGACCUGAGGGGAAACCAGAUCCUGAAUUACAUACCACAAGUAAGCCAAAGACUAACUCAUACAAUCAAACCAAGAGCAAUUUGGCUUCUAAACAAGCCUUGGGCAAAAGUUCGGUUAAUAGUGCUGUUCUGAAAGAAUUUGUUAGAGAAACUCAAAUCAGGACUCUGCCAGUAAAAUCACAACAACUCUCUAGGGGACCAGAUCUUGCAAGACCAAGAGAAAAACCCCCAAGGACAGUUUCCUCUCACUUUAUUCAGGCCCUCAGUAAGACUCAAUUAUCAAAGAAACCAGUGGUCACUGACACAAAGGAUAUAAAAGUUAAUAGGGGUAAAUAUGAAAGACCAAAUAAAACUAAGUUACAGUCAUACCCUGUUACUGAACAGAAAGUGAAACAUACCAAACCCAGUACAUACCCCAAUUUGCUUCAAGCAGAAUAUAAAAAAAGACAUCCAAACAUCAAGCAAGAUCAGAAAUCCACUCAACCUUGUGUUAGACCUCAGACAUCAUAUGUACUACAAAAAUCAAAAGCGAUAAGCCAGAGGCCUAAUUUGACAGUUGGCAGCUGUAAAUCAGUCAUUCCAAGCACCCCUAGCAUAAGAGUAAAUGGAGCCAAUGGUAAUAACCACAACAGUUUCCAACAAAAAGCACACACUUUGGACUCCAAACUGAAAAAGGCUCUUCCCCAGAACCAUUUUCUGAACAAGACAGCUUCUAAAACUCAAGCUGGUAUCAGAACCAUAAAUGGGAGAGUAGUCCCAGAUGGGACUCAAACGAAUCCAGAUAUUAAAGAGAAGGCAACAGCAGAAAAUCGAAGGAAACAACUGGAAGAAUGGCAGAAAUCUAGGGGGAAAGUCUAUAAACGGCCUCCAAUGGAACUCAAAACCAAAAAAAAGAUAAUAGAGAAAAUGAAUAUUUCAUUCUGGAAGAGCAUAGAAAAAGAAGAGGAAGAAAAGAAAGAACAAUUUGAACUGUCGUGUAAAAUUAACAACACUCUGACAGAAUGCCUGAAGCUCAUUGAAGGGGGUGUGCAUUCUGAUAAAAUACAUACUAUAUUGUCUACCAUUCCUGAAGCUGAAAAAUUUGCUAAAUUCUGGAUCUGCAAAGCAAAGUUGUUGGCAAGUAAAGGCACCUUUGAUGUCAUUGGGCUCUAUGAAGAGGCCAUUAAAAGUGGGGCAACACCAAUACAAGAGUUGCGGGAAGUUGUUAUUAAUAUUUUGCAAGACUCAAACAAAACUACAGAAGGAAUUACUUCUGACUGUUUAAUUGCUGAAACUAAUAUAACAUCAGUGGAAGAGCUGGCCAAGGAGGUGGAAUCUAUAAAGUCUUGUCUUUCUCCAAAAGCGAAGGAACAAGUUACAGCAACACCCCAAAUAACCAAGGCAGAUCAGGAUAAUCAUACUGGCAUCAAACUACAGAUUGCUCCAAUCCCUAGAAUAAACGGAAUGCCAGAAGUACCAGACAUGAAGCUUAUCACUCCCGUACGGCGUUCAGCAAGGAUCGAGCGAGCAGUGUCCCGCUACCCAGAAAUGCUACAGGAACACGAUUUAGUAGUGACUUCUCUUGAUGAGCUAUUAGAAAUAGAAGAAACUGAGUGUUUUGUAUUCCGUAGAAAUGAGGCCUUGCCUGUAGCAUUAGGGUUCCAAAUCCUUGAAUCCUAAUUUCUUGAUACUUUUUUUCUAAAAAGGUGUCUCAGAGCCUCCAUGAGAUAAGAAAUGCCCUUGUGCACAUGACCUGGACAAAAGCGUGUAAUGGAGAGGCAUCAUGGGUGCAGAUUACAGACUCUUGAGACUUAGGAAGUAAUUUCAUUUGGGUUUACUCUCAAAUUUUAUAUCCCCAUGGGAGUAUCUUUGGUUUAAGACUAUAGUUUGCCACAGUUUUACAGCCUAUGUAAAUUUCACACUUUUGAAUUUACCCCACAGCUAGGAUAAAAAUUUGAUUGAUCUACUUUAACCCCAACAGUUAUGUUUUAUAUCAGAAGCUUGAUUCCACAGUAUGAUGGACUUUUCUUUUUGUAUCCGCUCUAGUAGAGAGGGCAAGUCCAUUUAUUGUGAAAGAUCUGAACAUUGACACUAGCUGUACAGGCUAAAUGGACCUUGACGGACAGCCAAGUCAAAUUUCCUCAUUUUAUAGAUGAGUUUAUACUAACCGUGCCUUUACUCAGAGGUCACAAGUUAUGCUUAUGUGUGAGCUUUUACUUCCAUCACAGUAUCCUUGUAAAUAGGGGUAAUUCUUGUUUUUGUUGUGCUAGGUCUCAUCAAAUGAAACACGGUCCUGAACUGGAUGGUCAUCUAGCUUUGUAUAUCCAAACUAAAUUUGCAUGUGUUAUUCAGAAACUCUUUAAGUAAAAACAAAAAGGGGCAGGAGAAGGCUGGGCAUGGUGGCUCAGGCCUGUAAUCCCAGCACUUUGGGA